AUGGUUAAGGUGAAGGUGUACUAUAAGUUAAAGACCUUUCAACCGUUCCUGAUUGAUAUGGAACAGGAGGGAUGCGAGUAUAUCCACAACAGGCCGAUCAUUCCGCAGACAGAUUACAUUUACGAUAUCAUGAAGAAAACUGCUCCGGACAUAUCGACUCCUUGUCCACAUGGUACUAACAGUACUAAAUCGUACAACAUCAAAAUAACCAAGUAUCUCUGCGUUAAUGCUCCUUACAAACGCAGCACCCUGCACUAUUGCAAAACGGUUCUGCAGCGCAACCAACCCGCGAAAUUGAACGUUUCAAUAUCAGUACCAGAGACACUGGAUUACACCUUAGUAAAGGUGAAGGUGUACUAUAAGUUCAAGACCUUUCAACCGUUCCUGAUUGAUGUGGAACAGGAGGGAUGCGAGUAUGUCCGCAACAGGCCGAUUAUUCCGGAGAGUGAUUUUGUUUACAACAUCAUGAAGAAAACUGCUCCAGACAUAUCGACACCUUGUCCACAUGGCAAUCGAACGUAUACGAUGUUAUGGUGGUUGGAGGAGCGUUACACACCCAAGUCGAUCCCCGCCGGUGAUUAUAGGGUGGAUGUGCAAUUCAUCGCCAAGGACGAUGUGCUAAUUUUCGCAUUGGAGGCAUAUAUUUCUGUACGCAGGAAGGGUGUGCUUGGGUCAAUGCUGGAAUGGUAG